AUGAACUCCUUUGGUCUCACAUUGACAGCUCUAUGCUGUGUAGUAGUUGUGCUUGGAGGCUUACCCUUCUCUUCUAAUGCACAGCUUGAUGCAUCUUUUUACAGAAACACUUGUCCAGAUGUUCAUUCCAUUGUCCGUCAAGUCAUAAGAAAUGUCUCCAAGACAGAUCCCAGAAUGCUUGCUAGUCUCGUCAGACUUCACUUCCAUGACUGUUUUGUUCAAGGUUGUGAUGCAUCUGUUUUGCUCAACAAAACUGAUACCGUUGUCACUGAACAAGAAGCUUUCCCUAAUAUCAACUCUUUAAGAGGCUUAGAUGUUAUAAACCGGAUCAAAACAGCUGUGGAAGAUGCUUGUCCUAACACUGUUUCUUGCGCUGAUAUUCUUGCUCUUUCUGCACAAAUUUCCUCUAUUUUGGCGCAAGGUCCUAACUGGAAAGUUCCAUUAGGAAGAAGAGAUGGUUUAACAGCAAAUCAAUCGCUUGCUAAUACAAAUCUUCCGGCUCCUUUCAACACAUUAGAUGAACUCAAAGCUGCAUUUGCUAAACAAGGCCUCACAACUACUGAUCUAGUCGCUCUUUCCGGUGCUCAUACAUUCGGAAGGUCUCACUGUUCCUUAUUCGUCGAUAGGUUAUACAACUUCAGCAAUACCGGAAAGCCUGAUCCAUCUCUCAACACAACUUACUUGCAAGAGUUGCGCAAAACAUGCCCUAAGGGUGGAAGUGGAACAAACCUAGCAAAUUUUGACCCUACUACUCCCGAUAGAUUUGACAAGAACUACUACUCGAAUCUUCAGGUUAAAAAGGGUUUGCUUCAGAGUGAUCAAGAGCUUUUUUCAACAUCUGGUGCUGAUACUAUUGGGAUUGUGAACAAGUUUAGUGCUGACAAAGAUGCUUUCUUUGAUAGCUUUGAGACUGCGAUGAUUAAAAUGGGAAAUAUUGGUGUGCUUACUGGGAACAAAGGAGAGAUUAGAAAACAUUGUAAUUUUGUUAACAAAGAUCGUAUCAGAAUGGCUUCUAGAGAUUCAUCAGAAUCUGGUAUGGUUAGUUCAAUUUAA